GGACAAAUAGGAGUCAACUUUCGCGAGAGGUUCUCAAUUUGUAAUGCGUGAAAUUUGUUAAAGUGAUCACAAGGUGCUCGAUAUAAUUCCUGAGAGAGUUUCCAGAGGUUUUCGAUUCUUACUCGGUUUUCGAGGUGAAGAUGAUGGUCUUGGAUGUUUGCACAGAGAUUCUAAAGAUCCAGAAGCUACGACGGGUUGUCUCUUACGCUGGAUUCUACUGCUUCACUGCCGCACUCACAUUCUUUUAUACAAACAACACAACAAGAGCAGGAUUCUCCAGGGGAGAUCAGUUUUAUGCAUCUUACCCUGCCGGCACUGAACUUCUGACCGACACAGCUAAGCUGUACAAAGCGGCGCUUGGGAAUUGCUAUGAAUCUGAGGAUUGGGGUCCUGUUGAAUUCUGCAUAAUGGCUAAGCAUUUUGAGCGCCAGGGAAAAUCUCCAUACGUUUACCACUCUCAAUACAUGGCUCACCUUCUCUCUCAAGGCCAACUCGAUGGAAGCGGCUAGAAGCGUCGAUGUGUAGCUACUCUUGUUUAUUGCAAAGUCGAACUCGGGCAUAUCGUACUUAUCCAAGUUGUUGUGUACUCUUUUUCCUCAUUUGUACGGCGAUGGACUAUUGAGAUUCCUCACCAAGAAAUAUAAAAACAUGUCUGCAUGAAAUGUACGCGCACAAUGUAAUAAACACAUAGGAUCAGACUUUAGAGUUUAGAUGAUGUAC